GGAAGAGGUAGGGUCGUAGCCCUUCGGCGGGCGGGGCCCGGCGCUGAUACUCUCUGUCCCGCCAGGAAAUCGGCCGCAUGAAGGUGGAGUUGUUCGCUGACGUUGUGCCCAAAACGGCGGAGAAUUUCAGGCAAUUUUGUACAGGUGAAUUCAGGAAAGAUGGUGUCCCAAUAGGUUACAAAGGGAGCACUUUCCACAGAGUCAUUAAGGAUUUCAUGAUACAGGGAGGUGACUUUGUAAACGGAGAUGGUACUGGAGUAGCUAGUAUAUACCGGGGUCCCUUUGCAGAUGAAAACUUCAAACUCAGACAUUCUGCUCCUGGGCUGUUGUCUAUGGCCAACAGUGGUCCAAGUACAAACGGGUGUCAGUUCUUCAUCACGUGUUCCAAAUGUGACUGGCUGGAUGGGAAGCAUGUUGUGUUUGGUAAAAUUGUUGAUGGGCUCCUUGUCAUGAGAAAAAUUGAAAAUGUACCUACUGGUCCAAAUAACAAACCCAAACUGCCAGUGGUCAUCUCGCAGUGUGGUGAAAUGUAGAGCAAUGAAUGCAGAAAUCUCGGUAGUCACUGGUCCCUCGUUACCCAUCACUGCAGCUGCCCCAGGCUUUUCCUGCAGGCCAUAUCUGUGCUGCUGGCACUUCUACAGAAGUUUCUGAUAUUCAGGAUGUACAACUUUCAAAAAAAAAAAGUUCCAGUGUAAAUAAAGCAUUUUGUUAAAUAGAA